CAUGCUAACUUUUGUUUCAAUCAAUGUUUUACUAAAUCCUCUCAUAACAUUUCCUUAACCGAAUCUCCGUCUUAAACCACCAUUUUCAACAGUAGGUGCAUUUAUGUUCACAUUCAUGCAUCUCAUAUUCCUAACCUUGUUUAAAAAUGGCAUUAAUUCGUAGAAGGAAACAGCCUGAAGAUGAUGCACAAAAUCUGUCCGGGUCAGAAGAGGUUGAAGAUAAAAUUACAAAGCCACAAAAAAGAGGGAGAAAGAAACGAAGAAAGAAUUAUACAUGUUUAGAUAAUUGUUGUUGGUUAGUAGGAUGUAUAUGCACAACAUGGUGGUUAUUGUUGUUUUUCUAUAACACAAUGCCAGCUUCUUUUCCACAAUACGUAACGGAAAAGAUAACCGGGCCAUUGCCUGAUCCUCCUGGGGUUAAAUGUGUUAAAGAAGGGUUGAAACCGAAGCAUCCGGUGGUAUUUGUUCCCGGGAUUGUGACUGGUGGUCUUGAGCUUUGGGAGGGUCAUGAAUGUGCUGAAGAUUUGUUCCGAAAGAGGCUCUGGGGUGGUACUUUUGGUGACGUGUACAAGAGGCCGUCGUGUUGGCUACGACAUAUGUCCCUAGACAAUGAAACCGGUGUGGAUCCUCCCGGGAUAAGGGUAAGGCCAGUCAGCGGGCUUGUAGCUGCUGACUAUUUUGCCCCCGGCUAUUUUGUUUGGGCUGUUUUAAUCGCCAACUUGGCUCGUGUUGGUUAUGAAGAAAAGAAUAUGUACAUGGCUGCAUAUGACUGGCGACUCUCGUUUCAAAAUACUGAGGUAAGAGACCGGACAUUGAGUCGGAUAAAGCACAACAUAGAAAUGAUGGUUGAAAUAAACGAUGGUCAAAAGGCGGUUAUCAUUCCACACUCAAUGGGCGUUCUCUAUUUUAUGCAUUUCAUGAAAUGGGUGGAAGCGCCAGCUCCCAUGGGUGGUGGAGGUGGAUCAGAUUGGUGUGCUAAACACAUAAAGGCAGUGAUGAACAUCGGUGGACCACUUUUAGGGGCACCAAAGGCUUUAGCCGGCCUUUUCUCUGCAGAAGCCAAAGAUGUCGCGUUUGCCAGGGGCAUAGCACCUGGUGUGUUAGACUCUGAUGUAUUUCACAUUCAAACACUUCAACACAUCAUGAGAAUGAGCCGCACUUGGGACUCAACCAUGUCCAUGAUACCAAAAGGGGGUGAUACCAUCUGGGGUGGACUCGACUGGUCACCCGAGGAAGGAUAUCUUCCUAGUAACAAAACGCAACAAAAGCUCAAUAUUUCAUUUUGCAGCCAAAUUGACUCACAUGGUAAAACAUGUAGAGAUAGAAAUCCAAAUUAUGGAAGACUUAUAUCAUUUGGAAGAGAUGUGGCAGAGCUACAUUCAUCAGAAUUCGAACGAAUAGACUUUAGAGACGCUCUUAAGGGUCAUAAUCUUGCCAAUAGUACAUGUCGUGAUGUGUGGACAGAGUACCACGAAAUGGGUUUUGGUGGUAUCAAGGCAAUAGCUGAGUAUAAGACAUAUACGGCGGGAGACCUUGUGGAUUUGCUUGAGUUUGUUGCCCCUAAGAUGAUGGAACGAGGCAAUGCUCACUUUUCACAUGGCUUAGCUGAUAAUCUUGACGACCCAAAAUACGCACAUUACAAAUAUUGGUCCAACGCUUUAGAGACAAAGUUGCCAGACGCGCCGGAAAUGGAGAUAUAUUCCAUGUAUGGCGUAGGCAUCCCAACAGAACGAGCAUACGUCUAUAAGCUCACUCCACAAGCCGAAUGCUAUAUUCCUUUCCAAAUUGACAACAUAGCCGGGGACACAGACCCUCAUGUUUGUCUAAAAGACGGAGUGUACACAGUAGAUGGUGAUGAAACUGUACCUGCAUUGAGUGCAGGGUUCAUGUGCGCGAAAGGAUGGCGUGGUAAAACAAGAUUUAAUCCCUCGGGGAUUAAAACGUACCUUAGGGAGUACGAUCACAACCCGCCCUUGAAUUUUCUCGAGGGUCGGGGGACCCAAAGCGGGGCCCAUGUCGAUAUAUUGGGUAACUUUCAAUUAAUUGAAGAUGUAAUUAGAGUUGCAGCUGGUGCUUAUGGUGAUGAUUUGGGUGGUGAUAGAGUUUAUACAGAUAUUUUCAAAUGGUCUGAAAAAAUUAACAUUAAAUUGUGAACUAAGUAUGAUAAUCAACUUUCAAAAAAACAAGUAUGAUAAUCCAUUAUAUUA